AUGGCUGCUGCAACACAUAUCCAGCUGUCCCAACCGGCACCUCCAUCGUUACUCAGCCAAUAUCAGACAUUCCCUGCAUCCCGGGGCACCUCCAAACGUAUACACAAGGACAAGGAUGAUCGGGUCGAUGAAGUAGAGUUCAACGAGGCCCUUAUACUGGCGUCGCUCUGCCGCAAGUAUCUUAACCUGCUCCACGCUACCUCGCCUGCUUUCGAUCACGCCCACGCAUAUACCCCUGAUGAGAUACUCGAACUCCCUCUGAUGAAAGUCCGGAUCGAUGACAUUCUCCACGACCUACCACGGCGAAAAUCCAACCGCGCCAUGCUGGCAGGCUCCAUCGCGGAUCUUCUCUUCCCCUGCCACGCUGGCUCUCUCUCGUCCAUCAUCCGCUAUGAUGCUGACCGCGUAAAGUUGCAUGCCUGGGCAGUGCUCCAGCGAAGAUACGACAUGAUAGUCGCAACCGUCAGGAACGGUCGCACUCGUCAUGGUCUGACUGGCCAGGCUGACCCGGGCGUUCCUGCACCGGUCUGGGCUUCUCGCAUCCUGGCACAGGGCCCUUGGAAUAAAGACAGCCAUCCCAUCUCCCUCGAGGGACCUCAGGCACUCCCCAUGCCGGUGCAAGUUGCCGAGGCUGAUGACCUGGCCCCAUUCUUCCACCAUCUUGAACAGGGCGGGACACACGAGCUCGGCGCCUCAACCACUGGACAUGCGCUAGACGAUGGCAACGGCGAGCCUUACUAUCACGUCCAGGGCGCCGAGUUCCAGAGAGGCGUUGUGUAUGAGGAUGGUCGCAUGGAUCUUUGCAAACAGGUCGUGGGUCCUGAUCAUAUCAGCGACCUCAUGAACAGCCUGCGAGCCAAUGAGCACGUCAGGCACUUCCUCCUUGGCAAUAACAUCAUCGGCCCAGUAGGCGCACAUCAUAUAGCCUCAUUCAUCAGUGCACUUCCUAGCCGUAUGGACACCUGGUACCUGGCGGGGAACUGCAUUGAUGCCCCGAGUUUCAAGACUCUCGUCGACGCCAUGAUCAAGUCUGACGCUAUCACCAACGUUUGGCUCAAACGCAACCCUCUCGGCAGAGCUGCUGCCCACGAUGUCUAUCGGCUGAUCACCGAGACAAGAAAUCUACGCACGUUGGAUCUCGACCAAACUGAGAUCGGUGAUGCUGGCUUCGUCGAACUUUUCACUGACCUGGCGGCCUACAAAGACCGGGUGCUCCCUCUGGAGAACUUAUAUAUGAAUGGUACUGGCUUCGCCGAGGCUGCGGCUCGGGCGCUCGCCAAGUUCCUGGCCUCGCCCAACUGUCGCCUGACAUCGAUAUACCUGUCGAGCAACCCCAUCGGAGACGACGGCGCUGCAGCCCUUGCCAGUGCCUUUGCAGUCGCUCCCCAGGUCUCACGCCUGGUCUUACAGUCUACCGGCCUUACCACCCGGGGCGCUCAGACAAUUUGCGAAGCCCUAACAUCUCACCCCGGCAUCCGCUGCCUCGACAUCGGCCAAGCGUACGCGACACAUGAUCUAGGCCAGGCGUACAAUUACAUUGAUGAAGGCGCCAUCCGAGCUAUUACUGGCCUUCUGACCUCAACCCCAUCCCUGGCUUCCCUCAAUCUUGGUCACUGCCCCAUCACUCCCCUGGGUCUUGGCCAGAUAACCACAGCAGCGUUACAAAGCUCUCUCCUUGCCUACAUUGCCAUCUCCAUCCUCCCGGACCCAAACAUCAAGAAACUGGGGUUCGUCCCAUCGCGCGACAGUAAGAUGCGCGACGCUUCAUCCUACACUGCGCCGACGAAGGAGCAGAAAGCCCUCGAUCAAGCACUACAGCAGCACAUGGAGGCAAACGUCCGGUCUGUCUACGGCGAGGACAUGACCUACAGCAGAUUCAUGGGUGAGGAGCGGAGAUGGCUCACUAACGACCGGACUGACGUGAGGAAAAUUGACUCCGUCUAUAGAAAUCGGGACAUGGGCCUUGCGCGGCGAGCCUCAUGA